UAGUUUGGCUAGCCUUGCCUUCCUCCUCCGCUCGUGUCGUCUUCUCCCACCACCUCAUAGCCACGUCUCCAUCUCCCUCCUUCCUCUCCUUCUACAAUCUCGUCGCGUCUCUGCUGCCAAUCCAACCCAAGGUUCUUCGUCAUCGCCAGCAUGGGUCUGGCGAAGGAUGGCGCCGAGAUGGAGGAAGGGACUCUGGAGAUCGGCAUGGAGUAUAGGACUGUGUCUGGUGUGGCAGGGCCAUUGGUUAUCUUGGACAAAGUAAAGGGCCCAAAGUAUCAGGAGAUUGUGAAUAUUCGGUUGGGAGAUGGCACCACCCGUCGUGGUCAAGUCCUGGAAGUUGAUGGUGAAAAAGCUGUUGUGCAGGUCUUUGAAGGUACUUCAGGGAUCGACAACAAGUAUACUACAGUGCAGUUUACAGGCGAGGUUUUGAAAACUCCUGUCUCACUUGAUAUGCUUGGACGCAUUUUCAAUGGUUCUGGAAAACCUAUUGAUAAUGGGCCCCCCAUAUUGCCUGAGGCUUACUUGGAUAUUUCGGGAAGUUCUAUCAACCCUAGCGAGAGAACAUAUCCAGAAGAGAUGAUUCAAACAGGAAUAUCCACCAUUGACGUUAUGAACUCAAUUGCCCGAGGGCAAAAGAUUCCUCUUUUUUCUGCUGCUGGACUUCCUCACAAUGAAAUUGCUGCUCAAAUUUGUCGUCAGGCCGGUCUUGUUAAAAGAUUGGAAAAGAGCAAGCAUGCAGCAGAGGGUGGUGAAGAAGACAAUUUUGCAAUUGUGUUCGCUGCUAUGGGAGUAAACAUGGAAACCGCCCAAUUUUUCAAACGUGACUUCGAAGAAAAUGGUUCGAUGGAGCGAGUCACCCUUUUCCUGAAUUUGGCAAACGAUCCCACUAUCGAGCGUAUUAUUACUCCUCGAAUUGCUCUAACAACAGCUGAAUAUUUGGCAUAUGAAUGUGGGAAGCAUGUUCUUGUCAUUCUGACAGAUAUGAGCUCAUACGCAGAUGCACUUCGAGAGGUCUCAGCAGCACGUGAAGAGGUGCCUGGUAGGCGUGGUUAUCCCGGGUAUAUGUAUACUGAUCUGGCCACCAUAUAUGAGCGAGCUGGGCGUAUUGAAGGAAGAAAAGGAUCAAUUACCCAAAUUCCUAUUCUUACAAUGCCUAAUGAUGAUAUCACUCAUCCAACGCCUGACCUUACGGGAUAUAUUACUGAAGGGCAGAUUUAUAUUGACAGACAGCUCCAUAACAGACAGAUAUACCCGCCCAUCAACGUCCUGCCAUCUCUUUCUCGGCUGAUGAAGAGUGCUAUUGGUGAAGGUAUGACACGUCGAGAUCAUUCAGAUGUGUCAAAUCAGCUGUAUGCCAACUAUGCCAUUGGGAAGGAUGUUCAAGCCAUGAAAGCAGUUGUCGGAGAGGAGGCUCUUUCAUCCGAAGACCUGCUCUAUUUAGAAUUCCUUGACAAGUUUGAGAGGAAAUUUGUAGCACAGGGAGCAUACGAUACUCGGAACAUUUUCCAGUCACUGGAUCUCGCAUGGACAUUGCUACGCAUAUUCCCGCGUGAGCUUCUCCACCGUAUUCCUGCGAAGACCUUGGACCAGUUUUACAGCAGAGAUGCCACCCAUUGAUCCUUUUUGUCCAUAAAAGUCCAAAUUUCCAUGAACAGCUUGAAUAAGGAGAGGAAUCCAACCUUGUAUAAUUUUGCUACGUUAUGUAGUCAGAUCCUAUUCUUUCUAGUCUGUAUUCACGAGACUGGCGUCCUGUAAUUUCCAUGUAGCCUACGCCAGACCUCCUUUUGUUUUUUGUUUCAUUUCCCUGUAUUGUGCAGCAAAACUAAAAAGCCGUUUAGGCGUACAUGCUCCAACAUGUUGAUUAUA